AUGUCGGCGACAAGCCUGGUCAUCCUGAUGGCUUGGGCGCAGUGGACUUUGUGGGAUUUCGGCACGAAGCAGAUCUGCCACAACUCUAUCACGGGAGAGCACAAGGUCGUCUACGGCAACGGAGCCGUCUUCGCGGACGGGCCCUUCACGGAGUUGAUUCCGCACCCCGACGACCAGGACGUGGCCCUGCUCCUGGGGCCUGGUGACGACGAGACGCGCCCCUUGCACACUUUGGACGAGUGUGGCGCGCACACGCCCACGCCGCAACAACGAGGAGGUUUCCCAGACUGGAAAACAGCUCGACUUGAUACGUCGGCUGGGGAGGAGGGAACCGCGUGGGUCUCAGAGUUGCAGUCCAAUUGCGAGACGGUGGCGCUCGAGCUCCCUGGCCCCAAGCCCGUGCGGCUGCUGUUCACGAAGUACGAAGCGCCAGCGCGCGUCGGCGACGAGCCAGUGAGCCUCUGGGUGGAUUUCGGGAGAUUGGCCGACUAUGUCCUCCGCCCUUUUCCGUCUGCGGCGGGCCGCGCUCGCAAAGACUUCGAGCACUUCGGGAAUGCGCGCUCAUGCUGUACCAAAGCUGGGCUCCACGAAGACCACUUCCGAGACUCAGCCCGCGCCUCGCGCAAGCGAGAGGCCCCCGAGACCGAGGAGGACGAUGGCCCAAAGGCGGUCCCCGCGGAACUCGCCGCCGAGGCCCUCUCUGGAGAUCACGAUUGGCAGGUGAGCGUGAGGGGCGUGAUGUUCUGGCUGUGGAACUCCAUUUCCAGGGGGUACGUGACCAAGGUCCCCGACAAGAAGCUCCAAGGUGCGCAGGUUGAGCGGGCGAAGACCUUGCUUCACAGGAUUCUCGGGUGGCCACUAUAUCACGGCGACCAGCCUGAGUCGAUCGCCGUGCACUCCAGGACGGCUGGCUGCGUGACGGUCUUGCACGAAGGUGUCGUGGACAAGGGCGAGAUGACGUCUUCCGAGGCCGAGUCGCGCCAGGGGAGUCGUGCCUGCGUGAUGAGGAUCAGCGACCACAUGGUGGACGGCGACACGCGGCUCGUGGACUUGGUGGCCCACUUGGGGGAGCGCGUGACAGCCCGAGGAGGACGUAGCAGACUCCGCGGGACAACGAUGCUGGAGGUGGUCGAUGCGUGGAGGGACGCCCUGUUAGACCACGUGGUGCUUCUGUGGGAGGUCUCAGGGACGGACCAGCGCUGGCGCGACCUGAACCUCCUCGGUCUCGGCGUGCGCAAAGGAGCUGCAGGGCGAUCGCGGGAAGUUCUGGCAUCGUACCUAGGUGCGUUGAGCGUGGCCAAGCGGAACGCCGUCGGCUCGGGCGUUCGGUCAGCGAGCCAACUCGUGGUUGGCAUGGGCGCCGCGCUGGGGCCAGCGGCGCCUGUGCAGUCCGCCCGUGAGCGCAAGCAGAAGAGGUCCAAGAUGGACAAGGAGGAGAGGGCGGCGAUCAGCCUGAGCAGCCUGCAA